AUGGCCUCGCAACCCAUGUCCCUCCGGGACCGACAGGUCGCUUCGAUUCAAAAGCUCUUGAAUUUGAAUCAUGAAUCACAACCAGCGGAUGACGCAACCCUCGAUCAGUCCGCAGGAGGCGGUCUUAUCUCGCAUACCACUCCGAUCUUGAACGAGGAUGGUGAUCCAAUCUGGAAGGUCCUGGUGUUUGAUAAGAUGGGCCGCGAUGUGAUCAGUAGCGUCCUGAGGGUCAAUGAUCUCCGCGCUUGGGGUAUAACAAUUCAUCUGAACCUUCACUCCCAAAGAUACCCCAUCCCAGACGUGCCCGUUGUAUACUUUGUGGAGCCGACUACUACGAAUAUUGAAAAAAUCACGCACGACCUUUCCCACGGGCUUUACUCCCCAGCCUACGUGAACUUCUUAUCAUCCGUUCCCCGACCACUCCUAGAGGAUUUCGCCUCUCAGAUAGUGACAUCUGGAGCAUCCGAGCAUAUCGCGCAGGUGUUCGAUCAGUACCUCAACUUCGUUGUGGCAGAGCCAGAUCUGUUUAGUUUAGGACUCGGGAACGAUGCAUACUACAAGAUCAACAGCCCCAGGACCACCGAUGAAGAUUUGGAUGCCAUUGUUGACAAAGUCGUCAGUGGUCUUUUCAGCGUGAGUGUCACAAUGGGCACUAUUCCUAUCAUCAGAUGUCCCAAGGGCGGCGCAGCGGAGCUUAUCGCAACCAAAUUGGACCGGAAAUUACGCGACCACAUCCUCAAUUCCAAAGACAAUCUUUUCUCAGGCAAUCAAAAAGCUCUACCGGGUGUGCCAUCGACGCGACCGGUUUUAAUCAUCAUGGACCGAAACGUUGACCUGGUUCCCAUGCUCUCACAUUCAUGGACGUAUCAGUCACUGGUGCAAGAUGUCCUUGAGAUGCGAUUGAAUCGCAUUACUUUGGAUGAAGAUUCAACAAAAAAGUCAUAUGAUAUCAACAGUAACGACUUCUUCUGGCAACGCAACGCCGGGGCUCCGUUCCCUCAAGUCGCCGAAGAUAUCGAUACUGAGCUGACGCGCUACAAGGAUGAUGCAAAUGACAUCACCAAGAAAACCGGAGCAUCCUCAAUUGAAGAUCUUCAAAAUGACACAAGUGCCUCUGCACAGCAUUUGAAGGCCGCCAUCACACUUCUUCCCGAGCUGCGGGAACGCAAAGCCAUUCUAGAUAUGCAUAUGAACAUUGCCACUGCUCUACUUAAGGGUAUCAAGGAUCGGCAGCUGGACAAUUUCUUCGAAAUGGAGGAGACCAUCACCAAACAAUCGAAGACGCAGAUCUUGGAGCUCAUGAUUGAUUCUUCGAAGGGCAGUGAACCUUUGGAUAAGCUGCGUUUGUUUGUAAUCUGGUUCCUCAGCACUGAGACUGAGCUCAGCCGCUCCGAGAUGUCUCAAUUCGAGGAGGCUCUGACUCAGGCUGGAGUUGCCGAUAUUUCCUCCCUCGCUUACGUCCGACAAGUUCGUGAGAUUACUCGAAUGACUAUGAUGACAACAGCCGCUCCCGAACAGCAAUCCUCUGACCUCUUCCGUGGGUUCUCAUCGCUUUCGAACCGUUUGACGGAUCGCAUCACUUCAGGCUCUCUUGGUGCCAACUUCGACUCCCUGAUUUCUGGUGUGAAGAACUUCCUUCCCGCUAACAAGGAUCUCACUGUAACCAAGAUUACCGAAUCAAUCAUGGACCCGGCUGCAGCCUCUGGCUCUGCAAUUGCGAAGACUGAAAACUACCUCUACUUUGACCCAAGGAGCGCUAAUGCGCGCGGUGCCAUGCCGCCGGCAUCUGCAUCCCGAAACGCGCAGUCUCCAGGCGGCUCAGGCCCUGGCACUGGGGCCAGCUUCGGGCAGCGGCGUCAGGCUUUCAGUGAAGCCAUUGUCUUUACAGUUGGUGGUGGAAGCAUGGAUGAGUACGGUAACUUACAGGACUGGGUUCGCCGAACCAAUGGCGAGUCUGGUACUGAAGGAGCGUCGGCCCAGCGGGCAACUCCUGGACACCGCCGACGAGUUGUCUACGGUAGUACUGAUCUCAUGAACGCCACUGAAUUCCUUUCGGAUUCACUGGCACCUCUCGGCCGGGAUAGCUGA